CAGGCGCAGCGCCCCGCCGGGCAGGCCCCGUCCGCUCCGGAGGGGCGGGGCGGGGCGGGGCGGGGCGGGGCGGGGCGGCCCCCCCCGAUCCCAUCCCCGUCCCCGCCGCUCACCCGCAUCCCGGUGCCGCCCCGGCAGGUCCCGCCGCCGCCGCCGCCCAGCGCCGCCGCCGCCGCCGCCGCCAGCACCCACAGACCCCGCCACGGCGCCGCCAUCUUGGCCGCCAUCUUGGCCGCGCGGGGCACGGCGGGAGGGCGGCGGGGCGGACGGGCGGGGCUUGGCUACACGGGGCGCGGAGGGAAGGGGCGGGGCCACGCGGGGCGGGGCGGGGCGAGGGGAAGAAAAGGGCGGGGCGCGAUGGGGAAAGGGGCGGGGCUACCGGCCGCCCUUCCCGCCCGCAGCGCCGUGGUGCGCGAGGCCGCGGGCGCCAUCUUGAGGCGUCCCGGCGCCAUCUUGAGCGGCGGCAGCGUCGCCUCCCCGGGGCCUCCCGCGGCCUCCGUCUGUCCUUCCCGUGCCUCCGUCUGUCCUUCCCGCACCUCCGUGCCCCCCCCCCCGGGCCGUCUCCCCGGCUCCUGCCUCGGUAUGGGCCGGCUGUGGCGCUGCCUGGCCCGGGGGGAGUACGGGCAGCUGCGGGACUGCCCGCUCUUCGAGAGCGACUUCCUGCAGGUGACGCGGAGCGGCGAGGCGGCCAGCCGGGUGACGGUGGGCAUCGCUGCCUCCAGCCCCCUCCUCCCGCUCCCCGACCUCAUGCUGCUGGCGCGGCCGGUGCCGCCGUCGCCCCCCGAAGCCGAGGAGCUCCAGCUGUUCGGGCUGCUGCCGCUGUCCUGUGUCCGUCUGUCCUUGCACAGCCGCCGGCGUCACCAGCUUCGGGCGCGCCUGGCCACCGGUCGCACCUUCUACCUGCAGCUCCUGGCGCCGCCCCGCCACCUUCGUCGCCUCUUCACCUGCUGGAUCCGGCUCCUCUUCCUCCUCCGGGAGCCCGGUGGGUGCCCGCCGGGACCCCCGGCCCCUCGGGGACUCCCCGGGGCAGUGGGGGACCCCCAGGACCCCCCUGGGGACAGGGUGGAGCCCUGAGAGGCGGCGCCCGCACCCCCCAAAUAAAGGUGGGAGACGGUGUCA